CCUGCGUCAUACCUUUAUAGCUGUACCUUAGGUGUUAAGGCUCCUGAAAUUUUAUCGUUGACACUGGAUUUGGUGAAACAGCAAUCAUGACGGUGGGCAAGAGCAGCAAGAUGCUGCAGCACAUCGACUACCGUAUGCGCUGCAUCCUGCAGGAUGGCCGCAUCUUCAUCGGCACCUUCAAGGCUUUUGACAAGCACAUGAACUUGAUCCUCUGUGACUGCGAUGAGUUCAGGAAGAUCAAGCCAAAGAAUGCAAAACAGCCUGAGCGUGAAGAGAAGAGGGUUUUGGGUCUGGUCUUGCUCCGUGGGGAGAACUUGGUGUCCAUGACUGUGGAAGGGCCACCCCCUAAGGAUACUGGCAUUGCUCGGGUACCACUUGCUGGAGCUGCAGGAGGCCCUGGGGUUGGGAGGGCAGCUGGCAGAGGUGUACCAGCUGGUGUACCAAUUCCCCAGGCUCCUGCUGGCUUAGCAGGCCCGGUCCGAGGAGUAGGGGGUCCAUCCCAACAGGUAAUGACUCCACAGGGAAGAGGUACUGUGGCAGCUGCUGCUGUGGCUGCAACUGCCAGCAUUGCUGGAGCUCCCACCCAGUACCCACCAGGAAGGGGGACUCCACCUCCUCCUGUAGGCAGAGCGACCCCACCUCCAGGUAUUAUGGCUCCUCCACCUGGUAUGAGGCCACCCAUGGGCCCGCCAAUUGGGCUUCCUCCUACUCGAGGGACACCAAUAGGCAUGCCCCCUCCAGGAAUGAGACCCCCUCCACCGGGCAUCAGAGGUCCACCUCCCCCAGGAAUGCGUCCACCAAGACCCUAAGCUACUGUUGACCUAUAUCUGUUAACUUUUUCCCCUGAAAAGUGCAUCUUGUGAAUUGUGUAGAUUAUUUGUGAGCUUUUUGUCCCCUCUUUCUGCAUUAAUAACAGCUAAAAAUAAAUGCAUAGAGC